AUGCUCUCCGUCAACAAGUCCAAGCUUGCAUUGAACGCUUCCAGGGCCGUUCAACAAGUCCAGCAAUCCAGAAAUGUCUAUCGUUUCCCACUUGAAAGCGAUAUCAACAUCACCAAAUCAGGUAAAGUCAAGAUUGCACAAGGUUUAGGUGGCCGUCAUUCCAGAACGGGUUAUCAAGUUUCUGUUUUUGGUGGUAGUGGUUUCCUAGGUAAAAUUUUAGUCUCCAAGCUUGCAAAACAUGGUACUUUAACUAUUGCUCCAUUUAGAAAUGGUAGAUCCAAGAGACAUUUGAAGGUUAACGGUGACCUUGGUGUUGUAAACUUCCACGAGUUUGAUAUCAGAAACUUGAAAUCAAUUGAAGAAUCGGUUGCACAUUCUGAUGUUGUUGUUAAUCUAUUAGGAUCCCACCUUAAUACCAAGAAUUUCUCAAUGGCCGAUGCAAAUAUCGAAGGUUCCAAUAGAAUUGCUAAAAUCGCAAAAGAUUAUGGUGUUGAUAGAUUCGUCCAAGUUUCAUCUUAUAAUGCAGAUCCAAAUUCUCCAUCUGAAUUUUUUGCCACCAAGGGUAUUGCAGAACAAGUAGUUAGAGAACAUUACCCAGAUGCAACCAUUGUCAGACCAGCUCCAAUGUAUGGUAGAAAUUCGAGAUUCUUGAAUGAGAUGCUCAGUUUGAAGGUUUUCGGUGGUAACAUUUUAUACAGACAAGAAGUUUAUCCAACUCAUGUUGAACAAGUUGCACAAGCAUUGGAAAAAAUUGUGUACGAUGAUUCUACCAGUGGCAAAACAUAUGAGCUAUAUGGUAAUGAAAGAUAUUCAAAGGCAGAGUUGAGAGAAAUGAUUAAAUACAUGAUCCACCUAAACCAAUACGGCUUUUUUCCAGCGGCAUCAGGUUAUAACAUGCCUGCUCCAGAAAUUGUUGUUCAAGGCUGGUGUUUGUUAAAUGAAUAUUUGAACCCAUCUUUAGAAGCAUGGAAUUAUGACAACUACAGAAGAUCAACCCUUCACCAAGUCCAUGACCCAUCUGCUUUAACUUACAAAGAUUUAGGUAUUGUUCCUGAUGAACUAGCAGAUUGGUUAUACAAGUAUGUCAAGCCACAUAUCCUUGCCUCCUCCCAAGCUAAGAACAGAACUGUUUACGGUAAGGAAGAAGUUCUCAAGUUGAGAGAUUACGUGAACUCUCCAAAGAACCGCCUUGAUCUAUUUGGUUACGGUUCCAAGAACUAA